CGUCCUUCAAUUUUUAUCAAUCAUCACUGUGUAUGUAUCACAACCAACUACUCAUACACAUACGCAAACCAAUCAAAUCCCCAAAUCAAUCAAAAUCAUCUUCGUUUUUCGUUCCUCCAUGAUCCCUGAUACGCAUAUUUCACUUCAACAUCCAUAGUAAUUGGUAUUUCGUAUUUCGUAUUUCGUAUUUGCUACCCUUCUGUAUCUCUAUCUAUCUUCUUCUCUCUGUCUUCUCCGAUGGCAAUACGUCGUCGUCUACCGGUGCUUCUCGUUGCAUUUUUGUGCUUUGUUGCCGGUAUGAGCGCGAGUGACGGCGACGCUGAUCCGAUUUACAUAGAUUGUGUUGAGCAAUGUGAGAAGACAGGAUGUGUGGGGGAUGUAUGCUUCCAACACUGCAAUUUGACAUCCAAUGGGAAAUCUGUGAGUGAUCCAUGGUACCUACAAGAGCCACUAUACAUAAAAUGGAAAAAAUGGGAUUGUCUCAGUGGCUGUAGAUACCAAUGUAUGCUUGUUAGGGAAGAAGAAAGAGAGACAGCUGGCAAUACACCUGUAAAAUAUCAUGGAAAAUGGCCACUCAGACGUGCCUUUGGGAUUGAGGAACCUGUUUCUGUGGCACUCUCUGCUCUUAAUCUUGCUGUUCAGUUUCAUGGAUGGGUAUCCUUCUUCAUUCUUGUGAAUUACAAGCUCCCUUUAAGGCCAAACAGACAAACUUUCUAUGAAUACACUGGAUUAUGGCAUAUCUAUGGGACAUUAUCAAUGAAUUUCUUAUUUUGGAGUGCUGUUUAUCACAGUAGGGAUGUGGAAAUGACACAGAAGCUAGAUUACUCAUCUGCAGCAGCAGUUAUUGGAUUUUCUCUUAUAGUAUCAAUACUAAGAGCUUUCAGUAUAAAAAGUGAAGCUACACGUGUCAUGGUUGCAGCUCCAUUAAUUGCCUUUGUAACCACCCACAUCCUUUAUUUAAACUGCUACCAAUUUGACUAUGAUUUAAAUAUGAAGGUUUGUGCUAUAAUGGGAGUAGCACAAGUAGUGAUUUGGGGGGUAUGGGGUGGAAUUUCGAAUCAUCCAUCUAAAUGGAAGAUUUGGGUUGUGACAAUUGGUGAAGGAUUAAUUGUUUUAUUUCAAAUUUAUGAUUUUCCACCCUACAAGGGUUUUUUGGAUGCUCAUGCUAUUUCACACGCCAUUGCGAUUCCUGUUUCGUAUAUCUGGUGGAGCUUUAUUCAUGAUGACAGUGAAUAUAGAACCACAACCCUCAUGAAAAAAGCCAAGUGAUAUUGAGAAGGGUAAAUUCGUAAAUUUACACUCCACUUGUAACCUCGUGUCGUUUUUUUUCUUGUUCAUUAAGGUAGUCAAGGUUAUUCGGUUUUUGCUUGCGUGUUGGCAAGUUUUUUUUUUCUUUUUGUAUUAAAAGUUGUGUCGUCUUUUUUUUUU